AUGGCUCGCACAAAGCAAACCGCUCGCAAGUCCACUGGCGGCAAAGCCCCGCGCAAGCAGCUGGCCACCAAGGCCGCCCGCAAGAGCGCCCCGGCCACCGGCGGCGUGAAGAAGCCCCACCGCUACCGGCCCGGCACCGUGGCGCUGCGCGAGAUCCGGCGCUACCAGAAGUCGACCGAGCUGCUGAUCCGCAAGCUGCCGUUCCAGCGUCUGGUGCGCGAGAUCGCGCAGGACUUCAAGACCGACCUGCGCUUCCAGAGCUCGGCCGUCAUGGCGCUGCAGGAGGCCAGCGAGGCCUACCUGGUGGGUCUGUUUGAGGACACCAACCUGUGCGCCAUCCACGCCAAGCGCGUCACCAUCAUGCCCAAGGACAUCCAGCUGGCCCGCCGCAUCCGCGGGGAGAGGGCGGCGGAGCAAAAGCUAUUAACUAUGUCUGGUCGUGGCAAGGGCGGUAAAGGCCUGGGCAAAGGCGGCGCCAAGCGCCACCGCAAGGUCCUGCGCGACAACAUCCAGGGCAUCACCAAGCCCGCCAUCCGCCGCCUGGCCCGGCGCGGAGGAGUCAAGCGCAUCUCCGGCCUCAUCUACGAGGAGACCCGCGGGGUGUUGAAGGUGUUCCUGGAGAACGUGAUCCGCGACGCGGUCACCUACACGGAGCACGCCAAGCGCAAGACCGUCACCGCCAUGGACGUGGUCUACGCGCUCAAGCGCCAGGGCCGCACCCUCUACGGCUUCGGAGGUUAA